ACUCAGGUGCCUAGCGUUCACUGCUGUGUCAGCUGAAGACAGGUGCCUAGGACUCUCACGAUGUUGGUCACCAUCAGUCUGCUGCUGGCCUGUGUGCCCCUCAUCUCCCCCUCCCCAGUCUCCACCCUCAAAGUAGGGGCGUUCAACAUCCAGGUGUUCGGCAAGACGAAGGCAAGCAAACCUGACGUCAUGGAAACUAUCAGAAAGAUAAUAUCCUCUUAUGACGUCAUGCUCGUGCAGGAGAUUCGUCAGAAGAGUGGAGACUGUAUGGUCCAACUUCUCGACUUGCUCAACAACAACGCCACUGAACAGUUUGCUUACAUCGCCAGCCCCCGGCUCGGGCGCACUUCGUCAAAAGAACAGUAUGCGUAUUACUACAAAACAGACAAGGUGCGCACCGUGGACACGAGACUGUACAAUGACACGGCUGAUCUGUUUGAGAGGGAGCCGUACAGUGUUCUGAUAGAGGUACAGACAGGUGCAGGAGGUAGUCUGAGAAUGGCUCUGACGGGCGUUCACAUCAAACCUGACGAUGCCGUGCACGAACUGCAAGUCAUGGAGACCGUCUACAAUGACACCAAGAACGCCUUCGGCACGGAGAACAUGCUCAUCAUGGGCGAUAUGAACGCCGACUGCAGAUACGUCAAGAGCUCAGAGCUGUCAAGCAUUAACCUUUUCUCAGACACCAAGACCUUUUGGACUCUCAUCAGUGAGACUGAGGACACCACUACCUCUAACAGCAACUGUGCCUACGACAGGAUCGUGGUAGCGGGUGCUGAGCUUGAAAGUCACGUGGUAGCGUACGACACAGAGUACUUCGGCACUGAGUUUGGGCUGACAGCGGAACAGGAAAAGGCAGUCAGCGACCACUUUCCUGUGUGGGUCACCUUUAACCUGGAUGCUCGGAAGUAAACACUCUAGCCUCGCUUUCAGUGAUGUAUACAUUUGAAAAUACUGUUACUCAGACCUUGGACAUUAAAUGAACACUAGGAACAACGAGCCUGAUAUUACAUCUAACACAUACGUAUGUUUGUUGUUUUCCCUUCCAACAUAACGAAAGUGCAAGUGAUUCCGUGGCAUUUGAUGCUCACCAAGCAUUAAUUUGGCAGGGCUUGUGAUGCAUUAAUGCGCGGAACGAUGUCACUGAAUUCGAAUUGUUUUCCACAGUUGUAUUUGUGAAAUAAAUAAACAGUCUGAGAAGUUA